AUGCGCCUCAUUCAGAACAUGUGCACCAUCGCCGAGUACCCCGCCCCGGGCAGCGCUGCCGCCGCCGAUUGCUGCCCGGGGGCCGCGGGCCGUCGCCUGGUCAAGAUCGCCGUGGUGGGCGCCAGCGGCGUGGGCAAGACCGCUCUGGUGGUCCGGUUCCUCACCAAACGAUUCAUCGGGGACUAUGAGAGAAAUGCAGGUAAUCUCUAUACCAGACAAGUCCAGAUAGAAGGUGAAACCCUGGCUAUUCAGGUUCAAGACACUCCAGGUAUUCAGGUCCACGAGAACGGCUUGAGCUGCAACGAACAGUUGAAUCGGUGCAUUCGCUGGGCAGAUGCUGUGGUGAUCGUUUUCUCCAUCACUGACUACAAGAGCUAUGAACUCAUUGGCCAGCUCCACCAGCAUGUCCUGCAGCUACACCUGGGCACCCGGCUGCCUGUGGUGGUUGUGGCAAACAAAGCUGACCUGCUGCACGUCAAGCAGGUUGACCCUCAGCUCGGACUGCAGCUGGCUAGCAUGUUGGGCUGCUUGUUCUAUGAAGUAUCUGUCAGUGAAAAUUACAACGAUGUCUAUAACGCUUUCCAUGUCCUGUGCAAAGAAGUGAGUCACAAGCAGCAGCCCAACAGCACACCCGAGAAGCGGAGAACUUCCCUCAUUCCCAGGCCCAAGUCACCCAACAUGCAGGACCUGAAGAGGAGGUUCAAGCAAGCUCUCUCUGCCAAAGUGAGGACUGUCACCUCUGUCUGA